UGAGAAUUCUGUCAAGUUAAUGCAAAAAUCAUUUUGGUUGCGUAAGUUAAGACAUUAAGUGAAUUCACUUCUUCUGGAAAAACUAAAAUGAAUUUAAUGAAUGAAGAAUUUGUAUCAACAAUGCAAUGACAGUGCACGGAUAAUUCAGUUCAAUUGAAAUAAAAUGUUAUUUUCGAAACGUAUUCAUUACGUCCAUCUUCAGUCUACCAUAACAACAAUAAAAUGCAAAACAAAGGUGUUUAUAAAUACAUUCAAAAAAUAUCAAUCAAAUAGCAAAUCAGUGGCAGUGUGUUAUGCUGAAUGGAGCCUAUUGCAUACUUGUAAAUAAAUUAUAGUAAAACAUUUUUAGUUAGAUAAUACUGUUCAGCUGAUUCAGCAUGAAUUUUGAUUAUUGUACAUUAUGAUUAACGUUGGUAUUCUAACAGCCGUUGGCGCUUUCUUAGGCUACACUGUAGCUUCGGCCUUUUUUUGGAAUUUUCCUCAUUGGCUGCAUAAAAAGAAAAAUAUUUCUUUCACCUGUGCUCAUAUUAGUCACCGCGGAGGGUCGGCUGAAGGCUAUGAAAAUACUAUCAAAAAUUUCCGGAAUGCUGUGGAAAAGGGUACAAACAUGCUUGAAUUGGAUGUUCGGUUAACAAAAGACGGGCAGGUGGUCGUUUUUCACGAUUCAUCUCUCUUGCGAGUGGCAGGAACGGAUUCGAACAUUGCAAAUGUUGACUAUGACUCACUUCCCAGUUUGAGUAUGACAGUUCCGAUUGAUACGGUUCCUGGCGAAAGUUUUACCGACCAGACUUGGUCGGACGAAGAAAGACGUAUACCCUUGCUUCGCGAAGUGUUUGAGGAGUUUGCUGACGUACCCAUCAAUAUUGACCUAAAAGAAAAUGAUUCUAGAUUGAUAAAAGAAGUCUCGGAACUUAUCAACGAAUUUCAAAGGGCAAAUUUGACUGUGUGGGGGAGCUUUAACAAUGAAGUGUGCAAGGAGUGUUAUCGUAUUAAUCCCGACGUUCGUUUAUUCUUUUCUGCUAAAAGGGUUGUCGUUUUACUGUUAUGUGCGUUUACCGGCUUACUACCUUUCAUGCCCAUAAAAGAGACGCACUACGAAAUAUUUCUACCGAUGUCUAUAAAAAAACGAAGAUUGAAACAGGUUCCUGAAUUACCAUUUUCGGAAAAAUGCCUAUUUUGGGCCUGUGAAACAUUUCUCGUGUGGAAGCCACUUAUAAACCAUCUGAAGAACCGCGGAAUUCAUGUAUACUUUUGGGUGUGCAACGAUGACGACGAAUUCGCGGAAUGUAAUAAAUUGGGAGCAAACGGAUGUAUGACGGACCGGCCAACGCUUCUUCGAGAAUUUUUGAAUACAAAAUCCACUGAAUAGAUUGGCAGCACAUUCAGGUGAUACGCUCAAUAUUAAAUAGGUCGUAAAUUUACAAACAACAAGGAAAUUGUUUUGUCGUUAACUCUAUGAUUAUAGAAAAAGAAAAUUAGAUUAAAAUUCAGUGGUUGUUAGAAUUUGUCUCCGAGACGAAAUCGCUGUAUUUGCAUAUUGCAAUCGGUUUCACGUGUCCUUUUACAGACGCGACGAUAAAGUAGACGACAAAUGCGUUAGCAAAUUAUGUUUACUUCCCGGCGUGUCGGUCGAAAUUUACCGGUGACCAAAAACGUAAAAAGAACUUCCCAUUACAUACAUUUCCCGCUGGUUUGCUCAGCUAUCGGUUCAAUUUAACGGUAACGGAAAUGUUUCUCCAACUCCCUAUACCCUGGAUAGACAUAAUUUGCACACGCGACGAUGGUGAUUUGGUUUUUGAAAGAAAAAUGAAUCGCUAAACUAGAAGACUCAUAUCAAUCUGCUCAAUAUAUUCGUUGAUCGAUAAUUGUACGGGGUGAUAUACUACGCGUCUGUGAAAGGUUAAUUUAAAUAUUAUGUUGAACCGCUUGAACGCAUUUAAGUGCAAAGAAUGUUAAUGUUUGAUUGUUUGACGUUGUUAAUUUUAAUUUAUUUAUUUGUAUCUGUGGUUAGUCGUACUAAAAGCAAAUAAAAUCUAUUCAAAU